CGUGUCCGUGUGUAUUUGGCUCGUUCUUUUGUUGGUAUUGCUCACUGCCGUGAACCGAUGGAUAGAUGGAUAGAUAGAUAGAAAGAGAUCACACAUAGGGAGUUUUGGGUGGAUCGACCAUUUGUUUGUCCGGGAUCUGUUUCAUGGAAUUGUCGUGGGACUGAAAUGAAAUGAUUCACCCGCCUGCCUGCCUGCCUGCCUGACCGAUCGAUCCCCGAGAUGGUGGGGACCAGGCUCAGCCAGAUGCAGAUUCAGGGGAGUAAGUAAGUAAGUGAGUGAGGAGUACGGGUGAAGCGGAGGACGGCAGCAGACUGUGGAGCGAUGCGUGAGGUAGAUAACUCGGAUAGGAAAGAGAAGAGAAGCGAUGGCGAGGCAUAGAGAGGCUGAGAAAAGUGAUGAAGAUUUUCGAUUGGGAGAAAAAGAGUGACCGAGAGAGAAACGGAGGAUUCCAGCAGUGGAGAGGAGGCACGUACAGACAGCAGUGGGGAAUGUGUGUGACUGUGUGUGAGUAGGGUGAAUAGAGGGAGCAUUUGCGGGAGGGAGGAGAGAGAGGAGAGGUGCAGGGGCAGUAGGAAGGGGAGGAGAAAAUGCGUUGAUGUGAGGUUAGGUGGGGCCUGAUCCCGCAAGAUGCGUAACCGAGGGCAGCACUGAGAGAGAGAGAGAGAGAGAGAGAGAGAGAGAGAGAGAGAGAGAGAGAGAGAGAGAGAGAGAGAGAGAGAGAGAGAGAGAGAGAGAGAGAGAGAGAGAGAGAGAGAGAGAGAGAGAGAGUUGCGGGAGAAGGGAGCUGUUGCGGAGAGGGUUGAGGGGAUUGCUAUGUUGUCUGCCUGGAGAAUUUGGGAGGACAAUUCGAAUUAAGUUUCUUGAAAGAGAAUGCACGAGGGUAUCAAGAGAAUAUUUAAUUGGGAGCCGAGAGUUUUGCGAUGACGCACGCGUGCUACCUUCUGCGAUCUCUUAAUCCCCGAUAUCGCAGCCGCUUUUACAUCGGGUGUACGGUGGAUCCUCGACGUCGCCUGAGACAACACAAUGGAGAAUUGGCGCAAGGAGCACGGCUUACCAAAGAGAAGAGGCCAUGGGAGAUGGUCCUGUGUGUGUACGGCUUCUCGUCUCAUGUCGCCGCCCUUCAAUUCGAGUGGGCUUGGCAGCACCCGCUCAAGUCUCUUGCCGUUAGAGAAGCUGCUGGAGGAAUGCCAUCCUUGAAAGGCGUGCCUGGGAUGGUCAGACUUGUUUGCACGAUGGUGACGCUUCCAGAAUGGCAGAGCUUGAAUCUCACCAUACAGUUUAUAACGUCGACCUAUCUGCAGCACCGGCAGGGGGCCCCGGCGCUCCCUCCUCAGAUGCGGUUGUUUGUUGCUCCCAUGCAUGCGCUUCCUGGUAAAGACUCCGAUGAUGAAGGUGACGAAAUAAGUGGUUGUCCAGAUACGUUAUCUCAAAACGAGUUGCUGGAAGACGACUGUGACCUGAAUGUAGUUACUUCUCCUCUGACACGAGCUUUCACUUCAGGGCCUACAGACAAACCCGGUCAAAGCACGUCUUCUGAAAUCAGAAGGAGGUCACCAUCCUAUGACGAAAUACAGGGCAAGAAAAUUAGGAUUACGAAAGGAAGCCUAGAAACGAGUGUAGAAGAGUCGGAACCUCUGCAGAAGGAGAGUCACAGAGUGUAUUCACCUGUGAGCGAAACCGAACUUUUUGAUUGGAGGAAAUUCGAUGAUAGGCUCUGCGCUUCCAGACUGUGUCCAACUUUUGAUGACACAGACUGUGCCGUCAGUAGUCAGGGACCGCUGAGUGAUUUUGAAACUUUUUUGGAUGAAACUCAUAGGUCCUACUAUGUGGACCUAGAUGACCUUCAGGGACACUCUGGUUUGGACAGACUGGAACGAAGGGCUUCUAGAAAGACUGGGUUGGAAACGAGCAAAUUGCGUGAACCUGUAGACGGUUUAACAGACGAUAUUGGUUGUUUGACGACUGAGGACGACGCCCUUGAUUCUAGGAUACUAGAGAAGUACGUCCUAGAGGUGAGAGAGGAGAGAAGAAGUGGUUCUCACUUGGCAGCUGGAGAAGAGUCGUCACGUAUUCAUAGAAGAGCAGAUUGCCUUCUGACGAAGGCGAGGAACUCUGAAUUUUUAGACUACUCAAGCGACUCAUCGGAUAGGUCGAGAUUGAGCACUGGCGUGGGAGUUGAGGCAGUGUCGACUAGUUUCGACAAGAAGUUCAGAAUUUUCUCAGAACCUCCAAGAGACUCACGAGAUAGCGACAGUGAUGUUGAAGAAAUUACAUUAGAAGAGUUCAAACCUGUACAAAGACGGCCAAAGCCGCAAACCACAGGGCGCCUCGGCAUCAGGGUCCCGGGUGCAGGGGAUGAUCAUUGUGACAGCACGUCCUCAAGGUUCGCUGCGUCUCUCAGUACUGAAGACCAUUACGUCUUGGACAAGGAAGCAAAUGUAGGCAGCUCAAAGGCUUCCUUCCAGGAGGUACAUGAUAUUUCCGUGAUAGAUAGUGAUCCACCUAGGGAGCUAGCAGCAGUUCGGGGACCCACGAGUAGUAAAUGUAGAAAAGAAGUUUCGCUGAAGGUUUUGACGGACAUCUCUCACAAUAGCAAAUCGGUGAACAGGAACGUGACGGGACAGAACCGUCUGUGUAGAAAGCUUGCUACAAAGCCAUGGGAGGAUGCCAAGCAGAAAGCAGUUGUAUUUGACAGUGACGAUGACCUGCGAGAGAUAUCGGUAUGUGAAUUUCAACAAAGCAGCUUUCCGAGGAAAGCACGAUCUACUGUUUUUUAUGGGAAAGAGAAUGUCUCUGUCAACUAAUGAGCCCACUGCCUGAGAAGCGUGAAGUCUUCGUUUCUUUCAGCUUCCAUACAUUGAAAGUUUUCACAAGAAGAAGAUUGGGAGUCAUUUGCCUUUCAUCUGCCUUGCAGGCACUUGAGUUCGCACACGCAGACAUUGCGGACUAGGACACUUCCACCAUCAAAGCUCCACACUAUGUGGGAUAGUUAUAGUUCAUCGCUGUUGAGAAAGUAGCUAUAUCAUGUAUUCUAUGAUUUAUUGCAGGGAUUACUCAAGUCGAGAAGACCCCGCGUAGUAUAAGUUAUUGGCAGAAAUCAACCACAAGUCAUUCAGCAUAAUGCUGUUGCGUGGUCAUUGUAAGCCACUACGGCUGCCGGUCUAUAACAGCUGGGCAUGUGGUAGCUAGAUUCAGAGUGCCCACUAUUCUUUGCAUUGGUCUGCGAGUUAUGAAUGCAUAUCAGCUCGCAGCAUGUACAUCAUUGAUUGUAAAUAAAAUGACAGCAUUGAGCUGUGUGGGAGGAUUCCUCACAUUUCAGAAUUUUGGCCUUCGAGAGGACUGAAAGCUUCCGUGAGGCUUUGUUAGUGGUGAACACGACCUAGUAUUUAGAGUGCCAUUUUGUACCUGGGGAGUUGGUGAGUACGCUGGGUGGAUUGUGGGCUGUCACGAUCUUAGGAGCUUGGAAAGGUUGUUACGGUAAAGCUUUCUAAAUAGGAUGGCGGGUGGAAAGCUCGAAGAGGAGGUCUGAGUUUUGGAGGUCAGAUUCGAGGAAGGUUCUGUGUGGAGGAAAAUUGGUGAUUCGCGCUCUUACUCUUGAUCAAGAUUUUGUAUUCGGCUUGACGGCUAAGGGACCAUCCUUCUUCCGUCCUUUAGAGAGUAACGCAUGUCAGUGGCUGAAAUUUGUGAAAGUUCCCGUGUACCACUUUCCUUGUCUGUGGGGCGAACUUAGCAGCAUCUAAUGCAAACUUGGUCCUUGAACUGGGCAGGUCGUUGUGAUAUUCUAAGUACAGCGCUUUCGACAGCAAAGCUAAUGAAACUUAUGAGAUGGAGAAAAUUGAUAAAUCGAUGAAGACGAGGAUAACUCCAACAUGUCAGGUUGGUUGCUGAUGGUCGCAGCAUCUCCCCCAAGCUAUAUGAACGGUAAAGUUUACUAAGCUUAUGCGUCGUGAGCAAUCCGAGCAUUGCAGUUGGUCAUCCUGCAUAGUAAUGAAUUUCACCACCUGCCCUGGAUUUUUUAUCAGCUUUCUCUCAUCUCAGCCCAUGCAAUGAUAUCUGAUCGAGGGAGCAUCAUAUGAACCCCGAAAGUCCACGCCAGUGUUCGCGCUGUCGUUACUAUUCAAGCGGCACUGUUUACCUGUAGAUGGUGUUGACUGUCUGUAGAUGGUGCAAGAAUAGUCGCCAUGGUUAUUACAGAAAGUCAACCCGAAAGCAGCCCGUUAUGAAACCAAUAAAAUAUCUUGGAACUGUUCCCCUUCUCCUCUGUAUUACUUCAAGAUUAGAAAGUUCACUCCACGAAACUCACACGGAUGAGCACCUCCAGGUUUCACCAACCAAGACCUCAAUCAGCACCGUAUCUGCAAUGAAACACACAACAUCCCACUGACUAGUUCUCUACAGUGGCAACGGUGAUUUAUGAUCAGUCUCGUUAGUAGCUUUCUUAACUGUCUUCCCACACAAUGAGGAGCAGGAAAUUUGCUGUCGAGGCAAAGUUGUUUCACGUGCUUAUUGGAUGCCAGACUAAAUCAUUACCUCCAGAUCAAGCACAGAAGCCCGCUUGAAUGUCCUUGUCAGAAAUGUGAAGAAAACGAAUGGAUUAGUAAACUCAAAACUCAGUCAGUUAACAGCAUGAAAAGUGACCUAUAUGGUGGUUCCCAGCUUUAGGGAUUCCAUUGAGAAGACUUGAUUGUAACCGCUUGGUUUCUCAAGUCGGAGUGAGUUGACCUCCACGCAGUUCGUUACCACGAUCCAUAGCAUCGAACAUUGGACCCGACGGAGCAAGUCUUUAGGUGAUGGGUCAAAUCUAAUUCGAAGAGGGAGACAUGUAAAUCAUUUCAUGCCGUAAUGGACCUGGAUUUGGGAGUGGAGGUGUAGCGACAGUUCUACCUCUGGGCGUGGCCUCGGGUUUGUCAGGAGGAAACUGCAGUAGUGUUCUCAUUGCGUCACAGAAGAUUCAGGACCCGGGUUAUGAGCAUGAGCCUUACCAUGUUUGGCCUAUUUUCCAAAAGCGGAGAGAAGUUGACUUGGUGCACAUGAUUGCCCACAGAGCAAUAACGAACUGUUGAGGAAUGUGGGUGUUGGACUGAUGUGACCGCCAAGGCUAGCUCAUAGGUCAAUAUUUUGUUCACUGUCGUUAUUCUACGCCGUGAAGGCGUCCGUCAUUGUUCAUCAAUCGACGCCGUCGCCAUUCAAUUUCGUUCAUCAACUAAUUGCCUUGCAUUCCACCCGCAAAUUGUUCAGGUUUGACUCCUGGAGAUUCCACAUCAUCGAAAUGCUGGCAGAACCCAACAGGCCUGCGGGAUUAGUGAUCAAUCUCCACUCGCAGAUCACUGACGCGAUUCAUUUACGGAUUGUUUACACAUCCCCAGACGCUAUGCUCUUGACCGCCUUCGGCAUGGCUCUCUGUUGGGGUCUACAUUGGUUCGAGGUGACAUACCCAUGCGUCGUGCACUUUCUUCUGUAUCAGUAUCAUCUCCUCGCCCAUCUCCAGAGGUGGACUUCCACACAUGGAGCUGCUGGCUACAUGCAACCAGGCUCGACGUCAGAAGACUUUUCACUCCCACGAGUUACGGAGAGUCUCUCGCUCAGUUGGAAAGAAGGUCGACUUGGUCUCGUUCACCGCAAGAAGGCACAUCGAUUUUUGAACACUUCCUUUGGAUCCUUCAAAGGAAAUCAAGACGUCAACUUCCGGAACAUACUGACGUCUCAGUCUCACGAAUGGGGCAGCUCAGAUAUGGGCGAGGUUGGCAAACAGCUCACAGUGGUGGAUUAGAGAUUGGGGGAUGUUUCAUCGCACUGGCACCCUGGUUACAUUCUCGUAGUAGAGAGAUUGUCAGCUGCGACCGAAGGUGAGCAAAAUCGGUAUCGUAUUCGUAUGGACUGCUUACAACCUCCGUCGUUACAUUUGUAAUCGGUGUAAGUCGCGACCGUCGAGCAGUCUCAGAGAAGAUUUCAUAGACUCCAGUUGUAUUUGGCUAUGAAGAUCAAUAUCUUUAACGGCAAAGAUGGGAGAUAAUAAGCUGGAAACAUAAGAUGGAAAGAAUGGGACUGGGAGAAACGAUCGAAAGGAACAGCUGUAAACAAAAGCAACUGCCUCAAACAAUCAUCACUUAUUUCCUUACCUGAUUAAGCAGUAGGGAGAAG